ACCCUGCCAAGAUGUGUUGCCUUAAUGUAGCUACUACAACGUCCGUUGGGAGUAUAACUUUGUCGACUUGCGCCGAAACACACCCAGCACCGGCUCUCAUCCUCGUCACAUUGUUUGCCCUUCUUCCUGUGCAAAUUGCGCAACCGUCCGGACUUCGACAUGGCUCAUACAAUUACCCUUCCCAAGUGUAAGCAGCAGGGUAGCACGUCUCAUGUACUCGCCAGAGCCAUCACAGAAACAUGGGCCAAAGAGUUUGAGAGGGUCAUUAAAGCAGGCAGGUUCGACGAAUUCGCAAGGUUAUUCGUCGAGGAUACUUGGAUUCGGGACUUCCUUGCCGUCAGUUGGGACUUUCGCACCAUCCCGGGUCGCGACAAUGUGCGGCAAUACUUUGAAAGCAAUCGUCAUUCUGGCAUUAGCAAUAUUCGCCCUUGCGAACGCGGGGAUUUCCAGCCCAGUUUCAAAACGCCGUGCGCCGGGCUGCAAUGGAUCGAGACCAUGUUUAAGUUUGAGACACGGGUUGGCCGGGGCAGGGGCAUGCUUCGCUUAAUCAUGGACCCCAACGAUAAUCACAACAUGAAGUGGAAGUGCUACCUGAUCAACUUUACCCUUCAGGAGCUCAAGGGACACGAGGAAAAGCUAGGCUCCGGCCGCCCGAUUGGUUAUGCGAACCCGGCGGACGGCAGCUGGCAGCAGCGCCGUGAGAGGCAGAGAGAUUUUAUCGACAAGGAUCCUGUUGUCCUUGUGGUGGGUGCCGGUGAGCACAGCCUUGACUCUGAUCGCGCGUUUUUUAAGAUGCUGAAGCUAAACAUUGAUGAAAGGCCAAGCCGGGCUUAG